AUGAGCUCAAGAAACACUUCCAAAGACGAGCAACUCGUUGAUGUGCUGCUUAAUGACUCUAUCAAAAGUGAAAAGGAAAUACCUAAGUAAGACAAAACCUGGGUUGCUUAUACCCUUGCCGCAGCCAUUUUGUUCACAACUUGCAAUACAGCACUAUCUGAAAUUAGUAAAUUGGGUUGGACUGGUGUAAUUUACAUCUCUCCUGGUACCUUAAUAUGCUGCAUUACUUAUUUUACAUAUAAGACCAUUGAUGAAUAUAUGACUAGAGGAUUUUGCUGGACUGAUCUUAAUCUGAUGGACAAGCAUACCAAUCAUAUAGUAUGGAGAAAUAUAGUAGAUGUAAUAAUCUAUUGCCUCUUGUAUUUGACUAUUUAAACUGUUGUGAUCGGCACUUUUGGCUUAUGCUUGUAGGCUAACUUGAACGCGGGAAUAGUAUCUACUAUUUGGUCAGCAUCACCACUUUACAGCGCCAUUCUAGAUUACUUCUUUUUCAAGCAAAGUCUAAAUGUCAAUCACAUUAUAGGCAUAUUCUCUCUCAUUUUAUGUGCUGCUUGCAUUAGUUUAUCAAACAUUGUUGGUGUUCAAGCCUUAGAAAGUAAUGAGAAACCUCCUACAAUUGAUGCUUGGAUCCCAGUAACAAUAGCAGUGAUAACCCCAUUAGUAUUUGCUGUAAAUGGCAUUCAAAUAAAGAAUAUGGUUACUCAUCAUGGCUUUGAUGUUAUUAAGGUUAACUUCCUUUGCUACGGAAUAGGGGGUGUUGGCUUAUUCAUUGUCUUAUUGACUAAGAUUUAAGCAGAUGAUUUUAGUGAUUAUUAUUUUACUGUUGGUGCUAUUGGCAGCAUUAUUAACACUCUUGGUCUUGUAAGUAUCAACAAAGCAUGCACUAUCGGACCUCUAGGGCCAGUGAAUGCUCUAAGUGCUACAAGCACAAUAAUGUUCAGUAUUGUUACUGCAAUAAGAUUAGCGAAACUCCCUAAGCCAUUGGAAUUUGUCGGCAUGUUCAUUGGAAUAUUUGGAGCCCUUAUUUUGACAGUCCCAGACUAUCUUAAGAGAUUUUUUCUAUGGGUUACUUGCUAAUCAUAAUCUGAGGUAAAAUAAGAGGAAAAAGAUGAAUUCGCAAAGUUAUGA